AGAGGGACGAAAGGGGCGGCGUUUGCGGAAUGCUUGGCGUUUUUACGCAUCCGAUGCGCACGUUUCAAGUCAGUGUGCAAACGCCGAGCCCACAAGAACCCACGCAGGAGUGGAACCAUUUGUCAUUUUGUUAACAGGACAUUCUGAUGCACCAAGAAAGGAGGUCAUCUUGACAUCAUGAGUGAUCGCUUCGACUGCAAAAACUGCUCCGAGUCCCUUUACGGACGCAAAUACAUCCAAGUGGAGGACAACCCGCAUUGCAUCCCGUGCUACGACCGCCUCUAUGCCAACACCUGCCAGGAAUGUAAAGAAAUAAUCAGCCAUAAUGCAAAAGAGCUCUGCUAUAACGACAGACAUUACCACGAACACUGCUUCCGCUGCGUCCGCUGCGAACGUUCUCUGGCCGACGAACCCUUCACCAAACACGAUGACGCUCUGGUUUGCAGCGAGUGUUACAGCAACGAGUUCUCCUCCAAGUGCGUGGUCUGCGACAAGAAAGUUCUGCCUGGAUCGAAGAUGUUAGAGUACGGCGGCUCCACGUGGCACGAGGACUGCUUCGUGUGUCACGGUUGCGACAAACCCAUCGGCGCCGAGGCCUUCAUCCCGGACAAAAACAAUUACUACUGCGUGCCGUGCUACGAGAACAGACUUGCUCCUCGGUGCUGCCAUUGCAACAAGGCUCUGACUAAAGGAGGGGUGACCUACAGGGACGAGGUGUGGCACAAAGAGUGCUUCCUCUGCACGGGCUGCAAAACUACUCUGGCCGGACAGCCUUUCACCUCGGAGGGGGAAAAACCGUAUUGCGUCAAAUGCUUUAGCAGCCUCUAUGCCAAAAAAUGCGCUGGCUGCAACACGGCCAUCACAGGGUUCGGCGAUGGCAAAUAUAUUUCUUUCGGGGAGCAGCAGUGGCACCAGCCCUGCUUCAAGUGCUCCCGAUGCUCCGUGUCGUUGGUCGGUUCCGGCUUCUUCCCGGACCGUGAUCAGAUUCUGUGUACGGACUGCAACAAUGACGACUGACUGACUAACUGACUGAACCACAAAACCUCAGCGGUGCACGUGAACGCGGCAAAUGCACCAGUUCACUCGUAGCUUAUUCGCCUCAAGUCGCCACAUUGGGUUUUUUUUUUGGUGUAAAAUGGGCUGAAGUUUGUUUGCACUCCACGUUUUAUAAAUUAAAUAUAAGCUUAUGUUAUCAUUUAAAUUAUUACCCCGAGUAACAUUUUGCAUGCAAAUGUAGUAGUAUUUGUACAAAAUGUAAUUUGAAAAAUGUUUGCUUUGUGUGUAUGUAGCAAAUACAUUGUGUUGCUUUGAUACAGUAAAUCAGAAACUUUGGAUUGUAACAAUUAGUAUCUUAGAAGAGUUGAGUUCACCUUCUAAUGAAUGUCAUAUAUUUAAUCCAAUAAUUUAACUUCAACUAGUCUAUUAAGCUCCUCCCACUUUGCCGGCCAAAAAUAGCGCUCCCAUGCGAACCGACUCUUACAAUUACCCGUAUAAAUAUUUACAGAUCAGCACCCCUGUUCCAAUGAUGACGUCAUAAUGUAGAAAUGCCAAGCUCGUGUGCAAAAAAGCCUGAUCUUGGAUCAUUUGCAGAAAUAAAAAAACAUCUUAAGUAGUGCACAUGGGAGCACAUGACCUCCUCUUAGGUCUGUGUUAUUUCAUCACUACCCCAAACGUGUGGUUGUCAUGUGGGUGACGUGAACAUCCUGUCACUUCCUGCUUUUGAUGACCCCUAUUGCAACAAUCGUCAGCCUAAUACUCACUCGGGUCCUUAUCGACUCCAGAUGACAAAUAAAUAAUUAAAAAGAG